CCUUCCUUCUGUGAGUUUUCUCGGUCGCUGGUGAGCCGCACGACUCGGAGCGUCUCCGUGGCAGGAUGAGUUCAUGUAGCAGCCGGGCUCUGACGAUCCUGUCCACGGUGUUCGGGGCGUGUGGGCUCCUGCUCGUGGGCGUGGCCGUGUCCACUGACUACUGGCUGAUCAUGGUGGAGGGCGUCAUCCUACAGCAGAACCAGAGCAUGGAGGUGAAGAUGGCCCUGCAUUCGGGCCUCUGGAGGGUCUGCUUCGUGGCAGGAGCGGAGAACGGCCGGUGUGUGGCCUCUGAGUACUUCACCGAGCCAGAGAUAGAAAUAACCACUGAGAAUACUGCAAAUAUACUCAAGAUGGUCCGCACAGCCACGCCCUUCCCCAUGGUGUCCCUGCUGUUCGUCUUCACGGCGUUCGUCAUCAGUAACAUCGGACACAUCCGGCCCCAGCGCACCAUCCUGGCCUUCGUCUCCGGGAUCUUCUUCAUCCUCUCCGGCCUCAGCCUGGUGGUGGGUCUUGUUCUCUACAUCUCCAGUAUCAACGACGAGGUGAUGAACCGGCCGCGGGAGUCAGAGCACUUCUUCCACUACCACUAUGGCUGGUCCUUCGCCUUCGCCGCCUCCUCCUUCCUCCUCAAGGAGGGGGCCGGGGUCAUGUCCGUCUACCUGUUCAUGAAGCGCUACGCCGAGGAGGAGAUGUACCGCCCCCACCCCGCCCUCUACCGCCCCCGCCUGUCCGACAGCAGCGACUACAGCGGGCAGUUCCUACACCCAGAGUCCUCCUGGCCCCCGCCCAAGAGCAGAGCGCGCAGCGGCUCUGAGGUCUCCAGUGACAUCUCCAUCCAGCUCAACCAGGCUCAUGGUCACGGCGGUGGAGGAGGAGGUCACGGCGGUGGUGGUGGGGGGCAGAACUCUGGAUCUUCCUCCUACCAGAUGCCGUCCCACGCCACCCACAGCCUGCCCCGCUCGCACUCCUCCCACCCCCCCUCCCAGCCCCUCCCCAUGGCCAGGCCCCCCUCCCCCGUGCCACCCCCCCACUACCACGCACACAUGCACAUGAGCGCCUCCCCAUGUUAG